GAAGCAGGCCUACAAACACAUAAACAGAGAUGGGGAAGAAAAGUCGCCUCCCUGGAGGAGCCGUCGGUCGGAGAACUAUAUUGCAGCUUUCCCCACCCGGGAACCGCGGCGUGAAUGUUGGAGAGAGAGAAGAAGCGCCGUCGGGAUCUGAUGAUGAACAGGAUGGGGAUGGGCAUAGAUUCGUGAGACACACAAACAUCAAGGCUCCAGCAGUAAAAGCUACAGAGGGGUUGUCUUUGCUCGGAGCCUAUGAGGAUAGCGAUGAAGAGGAUGCGGGAGAUUCUCAUCGUUCAGCCGCAAAUUCUCAACACAAUCAGUCAGGUGACAUCGACAGCACACUGGCCAAUUUCAUGGCUGAAAUUGAUGCAAUCACAACUCAGCCAAGUUCAGAUGAUGUACCAACUCAUCAGUCAGUUCCAAGUGCUGCUCCACCCAAACCUGAGGUUAAUACUCAGCAGCCAGCUGCUGGUGAAGGACAGAAUCAGCAAGGCACAGACUUUGAGUACAAUACGCAGUACUCACUAGCCGGCGUGGGUGUAGAGAUGGGAGACUGGCAGGAGGUGUGGGACGAGAACUCUGGUUGCUAUUAUUACUGGAACACACAGACCAAUGAAGUGUCCUGGGAGCUGCCACACUAUCUAGCUGAUCAGGUGCAAAGCCUGGGGCAUUAUACCAACAGCUCGAGUGUCAAUGGAAAUGGCACAGCUCAUGCAGGUUAUUACACAGAAGAAAACGCUGCAUCUGCUGCCAUAACAACAUCAGCAAAAGAGACAAAAGUGAAGGAGGUAAUUGAAAGCGUUGUAGGCCUCACAAGUGAAGAGGAAGAGCGCCAGGGAGUUGCUGCAGCACUCCUCGCUCCUCUGAUCCCCUCUGAAGUGAAGGAAGCAGAAGAGAAAUGGAGGAAAAGACUGCUUAAAGGCCUGGAUGAGAGUGAGAAUAGCAUGGAUUCUGACGGAGAUGGCAUUCGUCUUACAGGAUCUCCUUCUACCCCUCUGAGGGACUUAGACUCAGCUCCCAUUGUCAAGAAAGAUGGAUGCACCAAGAAGCAAUCUGGAGAAGACUCUGAAGGUGAUGAAGAGGCAGAAGAGGACACAAUGGAGUUAGAACUCGCUCUGGAAAGGAAAAAGGCUGAGCUACGAGCACUGGAGGAGGGUGAUGUCAGUGCUGGUGGCUCCAGUCCUUGUUCUGAGAAUAGCCAAGAAGCCUCUGGUCCUCGUGGUGUCCUGCUGAAGAAGAACCGGUGGAAGACUGCUUUCCUCAGUGCUGCCAGCCCCGACUCUAACAGUAGAAGCUCAGAUAUACCGGAUAACACAGAGACAGCACUUCCUAAAGUCUUAGAAAGUGUUGUGGAAGGAGAAGACAAUGAAGUGGAAAAUUCUGAGGACAAAAUGGGUUCAAAGCCUUCCGUGAAGGAGGAGGGGGAGACAUCUGAGCUCAAAGAGGAAACACCUGAGCUCAAGUUUCAGAUCGGUGAACUGGCAAACACCUUAAUCAGCAAGAUGGAGUUUCUGGGGAUAAAUAAGAAAGGGAUCUCAAACUUUCAGCUGCUUCUGCUACAAACUGAGACACGGGUUGCUGAUUGGAGGGAGGGCGCUCUGAAUGGAGUCUAUCUUCGCCGCCGGCUGCAGGAAGCUGCCGAACACAUAAAAUAUUACGAACUUAACGCCACCCCUAAAGGCUGGUCCUGCCACUGGGACAGAGAGCACAGGCGGUAUUUCUAUGUGAAGGACCGGACCGGUGCCUCCCAGUGGGAUUUUCCAACAGAGGAUGACAAGGAGGAGGACCUGAAAGAUGGCCAGGGCACUCAGACACAGACUUCAAGCCAGGUGGAUACCAAAACAAGUGCAUCAGGUGUCACAGGAUCUACAUGUCCUCCUACUGCCCCUCCACCACUACCUCCUCAGCCCAAUCCGUCAUCCUUCUGGUCCCCAUCCCAACCUCCACUUCCUGACAGCCCUCCUCCACCAUCCAACUACCCCCCACCUCCACCACUCCCCCCAGGCUCACCACCUCCCCCACCUCCCCCUCCUGACAGUGAUGGAGAGAUCAUGGAGGUGGAGAUGGAGAUGGAUGAUGACAAUGAUGAAGAGCCUCCAGCCCCUGGAACUGAGGAAGAUGGCAGUGGGAAGCCUCCUUUGCCACCAGGCUCUGCUAGCACAAAGGCUGUCGAGUCCUCGGGUCCCCUGGGAAAGGGUCAAAAACGUAAAGCUGGUCAGAUGAAUAAAACCAUUACAAUUGGCAGCAGUCCCAUUCUGUACACCCAGCCAGCUGCCAGUGCAGCCCCUCUAAUGUCAGCAACUGCCUACUGGGGUAUGCCAGCCGUCACUGCCCCUUUGGUACCUUGUGAACCUCCAGCUCCGCCUGUCCCAGCUCUGCCUCCACAACCACCACUGCCACCAUCUCAGCCACCCUUUGAACCUCCUGGGGCAAAAACUCUGCCCACAGACAAGAGCAAGAAAACCAAAAAGGAUAAGCCCAAGAAAAGUAAGACCAAAAUGCCUUCUCUGGUGAAGAAGUGGCAGAGUAUACAGAAGGAGUUGGAUGAGGAAGAAAAGAGCAGUUCCAGUGAUGAAGAUAGAGAGCUGCUCAACAAGAAGAGUAUUGAGGAGUGGAAGCAACAGCAGCUCAGCACAGGAAAAGCUUCAAAGAAUGCCAACUUUGAGGCACUGCCUGAGGACUGGCGGGAACGCCUGAAGAAAAGGAAGAUGAUGAACAGCACGUAACAUCGGGUUUGGGUCAUACACUGCCCAGCCAAUGCUUUUAAAAACCACUCCAACCAUUGUCAUUAGGUUAUCCUUCCCCAGCUUAGGGUUUUCUCUCAAGAUCUGUGAACUUUUACUUGUCUGUGAUGAAGACAUUUAGAAGCCCUUACAUGGCAGGCCAUUCACACAGAGGGGUUUUGAAUGUCCUUCUCUUGGUUUUUGUAGCCACCACUGUAAAUGUGCCAAAUGUCUCGAGUAAAUUGGUAUAUCAAGUGUUUCAUGGCUAUUUUGUAUAGCCCCAUGUAGAUGAUCACCCAUUUGUUUUGGAGGAUUUUAUUUUAUUGAGCAUUUUUACAAUGUUGUAUAUAAAAUGUUUAAUGGGAUAAGCCAUGUUUGUGGAAGGGGAGAGGGACUUCAUUGAACUUGUAUAUUUUGUAAAAAGUUAUUAAAAAAUGUUUCUAAAGUGA